CAUGUGCUUAAUUUAUACAAUGUUUCUGUAGUCGAGACUCGAAUUUUUUUGCUUGCUCAUGUUUAGCACAGCGAUAUUAAUUUCAAAUACAGCACGGUGACUGAGUAGUAUAACUAUAUGACACAUGUAUAAUAGUGUAAGUGGUAUUUUCUACACAUUUAAAUGCAUAUUGUCUUGGUACGCUGUCCUACCCACAACUUGUUCGACUGCUACAAACCAACUCGCCCUUCUUUUGCUGGAUUGGUGCAGGCGCCCCAGUGAGGCGGCAGGAAGGUGUUGAGCAAGAUGAACAGCAUGUCCCCUGAAGUGACUCUUAACAGGAUCUCCCCAGAGCUCAGGCCCCUCCUCUCAACCAUGGUCAGGAACGGCAAGGUGGGACUGGACUCCACCAGCUGCCUCCGGAUCACUGAUCUCAAGUCGGGGUGCACUUCCCUGACAGUGGGCCCCUGCUGUGACCGAUUCAAACUACACAUCCCAUACGCUGGGGAGACGCUUAAAUGGGACAUCAUAUUCAAUGGCUGCACUCCAGACCUGCCCCCGGACUUCAUUUUUGGCGAGGACGCGGAGUUUCUUCCCGAGCCCUCUGAGCUGCAUCAUCUGGUGGAGUGGGACCCAGGCAUGGCAGAGUGUCUGCUGCAGGUGGUGAAGGAACUGAUUCAGCAGUACCACCAGUACCAGUGCAAGAGACUGCAGGAAAGCUCCCGUCUGCUGUUUGAGUACCACAGCCUACUGGAGGAUCCGCAGUACGGGCACAGCAUGGAGAUCUACGCAGGCAGGAAGAACAGCUGGGCUGGAGAGUUCUCUGCGCGCUUCCUGUUGAAGUUGCCAGUGGAUUUUAGCAACAUCCCCACUUACCUUCUGAAGGACACGGCUCUGGACCCUGGAGAGGAUGUGGCUCUUCUUUCGGUCAGCUUUGAAGAUGCAGAGGCCACUCAGGUCUUCCCCAAGCUCUACCUAUCCCCUCGCAUCGAGCAUGCGCUUGGAGGACCUUCAGCCCUGCUUAUCCCAGCGUUCCCCAGUGGUGGGUGUCUGAUUGACUACGUGCCUCAGGUGUGUCAGCUCCUCACAAACAAGGUGCAAUAUGUCAUUCAGGGCUAUCACAAAAGACGGGAGUACAUUGCAGCUUUUCUCAGCCACUUUGGGAUGGGAGUGGUGGAGUAUGAUGCAGAGGGUUUCACCAAGCUCACCCUGCUGCUGAUGUGGAAAGACUUCUGUUUCCUCGUUCAUGUUGACCUGCCCCUGUACUUCCCUCGAGAUCAGCCCACAAUCACCUUCCAGUCCGUGUACCACUUCACCAGCAGCGGGCAGCUCUACUCCCAGGUGCAGAAGUCCUACCCAUACAGCCCGCGCUGGGAUGGCAACGAGAUGGCCAAGAGAGCCAAGGCCUAUUUCAAGAGCUUUGUUCCUCAGUUCCAAGAGGGAGCGUUCGCCAACGGAAAGCUCUAGAUCACAGAGACCAGCUGCAUUGUGAGCAGGAACCUGCCAGGAGUGCAGCUAUUCUCCUUGUGUGUGCUUGUCUGUGUAUAUAUAUGUGCAGGCAAAGUCUUUAAGCAGGUAGUGUCAUUGCCAACAAAUAAACUAUUUCAUCUGAAAAAAAAUCCUAAGGUUUAGAGCCACGGCACAUCACGCACAGACACACACAUAAAUGCAUGCUUGCUAUAUUGAAAUGAUUAACAGUUCAAGCCCCUGUGUCCGCUGUUCUUGAGAAAAUAUGUGAAAGGUAUAUGUUGUGAAAAAACAGGCUAGCACUAUUGGUGAUUUCUGUUGAGAGUCAUGGAUGAAGCUUUAUGAGAAAUCAUUGGAAAAGGAGUCUAAGUGUAACAUACUUAUGACAGUCCCUAUGACUGACUGAGAGUAUUGUCGAACUCUCUUGACCUGCUUCACACAGAGUAUUGUAGAACUGCCUUCAUCGAGCAGUGAUGACAUUGCCUGAACUGCUCUGCCUGCAUCAUAAACAAUUCCAAAAAAAAACACAGAUUACUUUGAUAAAACCAAACAGAUCCAUAACAGAACAAAUUACAAUAUACUUAUCAGAGAUGUUUCCACUAAACAGGAGUGCGUGAUUGUGUGUUUGUUUGUUGGUGAGAGUAUGCUGUAAUACAGUUUGAGGAAAUAUGUGUGUCUUUCUCUCUCUCUGUAGAGAGAGAUAUAUAUAUAUAUAGAUAUACAGUACUACCCCGUUAUAAUGCUGUUGUUGGGAUCCAUAAUUAGGAGACUGUGUUAUUUGUAUUUUCCCUUUUAACGAAUAUUGGCAUUUUUGUUCCCAAAAUGAUUUACAAUGCCCAUAAUAUUAAUAUUGUAGCCUGCGGUGGUAAAUGAGGGAAGGAGACACACACAAUUCGCAGGUACUUGAAUCCGAUUAUUCCUGGCCCCUGUUAGCCUGGGCCACACCAAAAACAACAAACAAUCUUGCACUCUCACAGCAGCACACUCACACAGCAGCUUGUCUCACUCAUUAGCGCAGCUAAUUUUUUUCCUAGAGCAGCCCUCUUUGGAGUCAAUCUUAAAAAGAAAACCUUUGUUUUUCUUCGUCUUUUGGCCAUCCACGCAAUGUAGAUUC